UAUAAAUGUGAAGCACAUCAGCGUGGUAGGUUAACAUUUUGUGAAGUGAAUUUAAAGUGAAUACUAAGUGAAAAUAUGCCCCCUAAGACUAGUGGAAAGGCAGCCAAAAAGGCUGGCAAGGCUCAGAAGAACAUUACCAAGAACGAUAAGAAGAAGAAGCGCAAGAGGAAGGAAAGCUAUGCCAUCUACAUUUACAAAGUGCUCAAGCAGGUCCAUCCCGACACUGGCAUCUCAUCCAAGGCAAUGAGUAUCAUGAACAGCUUUGUGAACGACAUUUUUGAGCGCAUUGCUGCCGAGGCCUCCCGUUUGGCCCACUACAACAAGCGCUCCACCAUCACCAGUCGGGAAAUCCAAACCGCUGUCCGCCUUUUGCUGCCCGGAGAAUUGGCCAAGCACGCUGUCAGUGAGGGAACCAAGGCUGUCACCAAGUAUACAAGCUCUAAGUAAAUUUCAUUGGAAAUUUUAUUGCAACCUAAACUAAAAGGCCCUUUUCAGGGCCACAAA